AUGAGAAAAAGAAUUCAAAGUUAUUAAUUACCUCGACUCAAUAAGAUCAAUCGAUCCAACACUUUUGAUCAACAUGAUACAAUCAAAAUAAAUAAUAGUUGUUUCCUACUUCAACUUACCAAAAGAUCAUAAUUGCUGAUAUCCUAUUUUAAGGAUCCAAAAUAUGAUCAACUCAUAUAAUUCUUUAAUAUUCCUGUAAUUAACUAUGAUUAAGUAGGAUGAUAUAGAUUUAAAUGAGAUUCAAGCAAACAUUCAUUUAGAGUAUAUUGCUAUAAUUCUAUGUUAUCUAAUCAAACAUGAUUUAACUGUUUCCUUACUCUAUGGUUACAAAGCUAAAUUUAUCAAAACAACUCUGAUGCAUCAUCAAAUGUGGAUGAAAUAUAUCAAACUAAGAGAAGAGCCAUUAUAAAAACUCCUAAAACUUUAGUCUUCUUUAGAUUCAAUAACAUCCAUUAUCAUACAAUAGUAUGCUUUUAUCUAUCAUUAUACAGUCACAUUGAUGACUCCCAUUUGAGGAUUCAUUUACUAGAAUAUUAUAGACUGAAACUUUAUCAAAGCAACUUUGUUAUGUAUUCCAAAAUCAUUAUCAACAAAAUUAUACCACUUUUACAAACUCCAAAUAUAGUUGCAAAUCAUAUCCCAAUCAAUUUUGAAUCCUACACUCUUGUCUUAGAUAUGGAUGAGACAUUGAUUUAUUAUGAUGGUGAAAAAGUGUAUUAGCGACCAUUCUUAUUAACUUUCUUAAAGCAGAUGAGUAGAAUAUAUGAAUUGAUUUUAUUCACAGCAGGAUUAGAAUCUUAUGCACAUAGAAUCUUGAAUAAGCUUACAAUGAAACAAUACUUUACUUAUUUUCUUUUUCGAUAACAUACAAAUAUAUAUAAAGAAUUCUAUGGAAAAGACCUUAGAAAAUUAGGAAGACUUUUAUCAAAAACAAUUAUCAUAGACAAUACUCCUGAGUGUUUUAGUUUGUAACCAGAAAAUGGAGUACAGAUUUAGACUUGGAAAGGAGACUUAUCUGAUACAGUUCUUUUAACUUUAAUUCCUAUUUUAAAAGCCAUAAGAUUUAGCAAUAAAGAUAUAAGAAUGAAAUUAAGAGAAUAUAAAAAUUAUCCUGGUUUAAUUUUCCCUAAAUGA